AAUAGAACGUAUAAAAGAAGGGCGAGAUAGUGACGAGUGAGUAGGGUUUCGUAAGUAGGGUUUUCGUUUAUCGGUGUUUGUUGGGCGCAGUCGAGCAUAUUGUAGACGAAGCGAAAAUGCCGUCGCACAAAACCUUCAGAAUCAAGAAGAAGUUGGCGAAGAAGAUGAGGCAGAACAGGCCCAUCCCCUACUGGAUCCGCAUGAGGACCGAUAACACUAUCAGGUACAACGCCAAGCGCCGUCACUGGCGUCGCACCAAGCUUGGAUUCUGAGGUGCUUGCUUUGCCUCGUUUCGGUUUAUUCAAUUAAUUAGGAUUUUGGUUUUUUUGAGGCCUAAACGGUGUUUUGAAGUUGUGGUGUUUUUGCAUUUAUUCGGAGACUAUUGUGUAAGGAACUUAUUGUAGUUCAUACUAAUCAUGUUCUCUUUGUUUUUAAAGUAAUUUGGAUUCUUCG